UCACGGCUGCAUGCUGCGUUUCAGUCCUCCCGCGCGCUCGGUCUCCAUUUCACGCACUCUUUUCCUCUGCUUCGCUCCGCGCACCAAGGAGGCAGCCCGGCGGGUCGGUGGGGACGACUCAGUGACCCGCAGAUAACUGAGCCCGUCCCGGCGCGCGCAGUAAUGGAUUGCAGUUUUACAUGAAGAGGGGAACAUGGAGAACCCAGCCAAGUAUCUCUCCUCCGUGCAGGGGAUCGAUUCCGUGCCGGCACCCCUUGGAGAGCUCAUGAUGUGGAACAGCACGGAAACGGAGGCGACGGGCGACGGGAGGAAGGACACGGUGGUGCGCACGGUGACGGGCUGCCUCCUGUCCCUGCUCAUCCUGUGGACCCUGCUGGGGAACAUCAUGGUGUGCUCCGCGGUGCUGCGCUUCCGCCACCUGCGGACCAAAGUCACCAACAUCUUCAUCGUCUCCCUGGCUCUGUCGGAUUUAUUCGUGGCGGUGCUGGUGAUGCCCUGGAAAGCCGUGGCCGAGGUGGCGGGCUACUGGCCGUUUGGCACAUUUUGCAACAUCUGGGUCGCUUUUGACAUCAUGUGCUCCACCGCCUCCAUCCUCAACCUGUGCAUCAUCAGCGUGGACAGAUACUGGGCCAUCUCGAGCCCCUUCCGCUAUGAAAGGAAAAUGACCCAGCGGGUGGCCUUUGUUAUGAUCAGCAUCACUUGGACGUUGUCUGUGCUCAUCUCAUUCAUUCCGGUCCAGCUGAACUGGCACAAAGCCACGGCUGACGACAUCCUGCCGGCCGCGGCGCGCAACUCUUCAUCCACAGGUCUCCAGGUGGAGGAGAACUGCGACUCCAGCCUGAGCAGGGAGUACGCCAUCUCCUCCUCGCUGAUAAGUUUCUACAUCCCCGUGGCAAUCAUGAUUGUAACCUACACCAGGAUAUACAGGAUUGCUCAAAUCCAGAUCAGGAGAAUCGCGUCGCUGGAGCGCGCGGCGGAGCACGCGCAAAGUUGCAGGUCGAACCGAAUUGAGUGCCAACACCACAACACCCUGAAGACGUCGAUCAAACGGGAAACCAAAGUGUUUAAAACCUUGUCUGUGAUCAUGGGGGUGUUCGUGUGCUGCUGGCUGCCUUUCUUCGUGCUCAACUGCAUGGUGCCGUUCUGUGACAGGCCCGCCGCGGGCGGAGCCGCGGGCCUGCCGUGCGUCAGCGAGACCACGUUCGACGUGUUCGUGUGGUUCGGCUGGACCAACUCCUCCCUGAACCCCAUCAUCUACGCCUUCAACGCGGACUUCAGGAAGGCCUUCGCCAGCCUCCUGGGCUGCCGCUACUUCUGCUCCAGCACGCCCGUGGAGACGGUGAACAUCAGCAACGAGCUGGUCUCCUACAACCAGGACACCAUCAUACACAAGGAGAUCGCCAACGCCUACGUCAACAUGAUCCCCAACGUGGUGGAAUGUAUGGAGCACGAGGAGACGUUUGACAGAAUCUCCCAGUUUUCACACAACAACGACAACGGCACAGACUCCGUGUGCGACUUGGAGGACUGCGAGGCUGACAUCAGCCUGGACCGGAUGUCUCCCUUCACCCCGAACGGAUUACACUGA